UUCUCUUACAACAUAAUUGAUUACCAUUGUAAUCUUUUUUCAUCUUUAAUAUUCAUUCAUCCCUAAUUUGUUAUACUCAAGUGAUGUCUGAGCAAGAGGAUGAUGCAUUCCUAUUUGAAGCUUUAAAGAACGGUGCUUUUCUUGUCCUCAAGAGGCCACUUACUAUCGAUGCAGUUAGGCAUAUGCGUCAAGACAUUAUCAGAGAGAGAAUUCAUAAGCAUGAAAAAUGUAAAAAAAAGAAUAUGGUUGUUAAGGCGACAACACAAGCAACACCGAUACAGGAAAAUAUAAGAUCUGGUCGUAAAAGGAAGGAAACAUGUGGCCCAAUGAAGCAAGUGAUCAACAAAACUAAUAUCGACAAUAAUCUACUCUACCAAUCAUCCGAAGAAGAAGAAGAAGAUGAUGAUGAUGAUGAUGAUAGCACGCAGAAAAGGGUAUGCUUGGAGUGGACCCCAGAGCUUCACAAGAAAUUCCUUGAUGCUAUCAGUGAGCUUGGUGAAGGAAGAUGUUUUCCAAAGGAGAUACUUAAUCUUAUGGAUGUCCCUGGUCUUACGAGAAUGCAGGUUGCUAGUCAUCUCCAGAAAUGUCGCAAGGAAAAAUGGAAAGUUAAUGAAAGAGGGAGAACGCCCACUUCAUCAAAUAGUUCUACGUUGUCUAGUAAUGUUUCACCACUAGAGGUUAGCGGUAGAAAGUUUGGUUGUAUGCCCUUGAUACAAACCGAUAAAAACGUUAAAGAAGAUCAUAGUAGUGUUAUUGGCAUUAACUUGUCAAUCAAUGGAUGGCAGAUAGAUGAGAAACACAAGAAUGAACAAACCCCCAGAGUUUUGCCAAUAAUGAACGAAUUUAUUCAAAAAAACAUUGUCCAACCUACACCUGAUAUCCUAUUUCCAUUAGGAAAUGGCUUUGAUUCAAAUCAAGAUGAAGGCAUUGGUAGUAAAAUCACUAAAUCAACCAAUAAUUAUUUUCUACAAGCAAUAUCUGGUUCACAUGAUGUUGGUGAAGGAGUCUCGGAUCCAUAUAACCUUUCAUCAAUCCCAAGACAAACAUCUGAUGAUUUUCCUGAUUACCUGAAAGACAUGGAUGGUAACGGUCCGAAUGAUGACUUGAUAUCCUAAAUUUAUUCUCUUGGCUAGAAUCAAGUCAUGCACAAUAAGGAUACUGGAGGAUGGAAAGACUGCAUCUAACAUUGACUCAAGGCGCUUUAAUUUAAUCAGCUUGUGAUUCACAUCUAUAUGCAAACAAAUUUUAUAGUAGAAUAAAGCAAGGAUUUAAUGUUGUUCAUAAGCGAUGGGAUAAGUUAUUAUUUUGUGCCAAAGUACAAUGUUGUAUCCCAAUGAUUUAGAU